AUGUUUAAAAAAGUCACCAAAUCCAUAGUAAAGCAAAUGGACCCAAAAGGAGACCUGGUCCCAGUUCACAGCAUCUUAGACCAUGAACAUUUCAGACCUCUCUGUCUAGUGAAAAGAAAAAGAAAAGCCAUGUUCCAACCAUCUCCCUGCUACAAACGGACAGGGUACAGACUCAACGAUGUGCUGCUGCCUGGGGAAGACAAUAAAAGUACAGAGUCCCUCUCUCCCACUGGAGGUGGUCAAGUUUCAAGGCAAUUUACACUCAAAAAAAACAUCAGUGACAGAGUUGAUGGGAAUCUAAGCCUUUGCGUUGACCAUGCAAUCAUAGAGCUGAGAGGAGCUGCCUCCUUUUCCAAAGGGUGGUCCAUUAAGCUGGAGAAGAACGACAUACCACUAUUAAAGCUUGAGGCACUGAAAAAAGAAAGAAAAGUGAACAUGAAUCAUGCCUUCAUUCAACAGCUAAAGAAAACAAAACAAAAUUUAUACGUGGUUCAAGAAACAGUAGAAACCUUGGAGGAGGCCAUCUACGAGGAAUCCACCGAGGCAGAUGGGGGCUUCAAGACCCAGUUUUAUGCCAAGCUCACUGCAAAGGGCACCAGAGAGAACAAACAAGGCAUAAUUAUACCCAAAGGCUGCACCCUGGCAUUCAGGGCAAUCCAACUGGACAUUAGUGAUGGAUCAUGGGAACUUAACUACUUCCCAGAAGAGAAGGUACUCUCGUUUGCAUCUGAUGGUUUAUCACAAGGAAAACUAGGAGCACUGCAGGUAGAAGUUAUAGAGAACUGUCAAAUUCUCUCCAAAUUGUCUUCCAGUCUGCUCGUCAUAUUUUUAAAAGCCAUCAAAGCUGUGAUGAGAGACAGAAACCUCUUUGAAGAGCUGAACCACAAAAUGGAAGCGGUUCUUGAUGAAACUGGUAGUUCUGAGCUGAAAACAGAAAGCCCGGACUUAAAAGACCUGUUGAGCAGCUUACAGGAUUCUUCAAGGCAUCAUCUCCUUCAGCUGACAGGAGCUAUUACCUACACUCUUGAUGCAUUAGAUGAGCUAACAGAGGAUCAGCUGCUGGUAUUGCUGGAGUCCUUGGAAGAGGAGAUUGUGUCCCAACAGCUUAAGCUGGUUGAGAGCAUCUUGGAACACAACAUAGAACACAGGAAGGGGUGUUUCAGCCUGGAUGCCAGCUUGCUCUCCUUCUCACGAGAGGAGGAACAACAAUUAACCAUUGCAAUGGUUGAAAUGAGUGGAGUGAAGCUCCAGAAAGACGGAUCUGCUGUCCAUACAGAAAAAGCCUUCCCAGCCAUAGCAGCCCUGUAUGUGUCUCUGUAUGUCCUCAAUCUUUUGAGUAACUCAGAUUAG